GAAUUGAUGUUUGAGCUCAUCUCAGAGAGCAUUGUUUGCCAUCAUUUGUGUGCAAAUCAUAACACAAUUGAUUGGAUCACUCAUUGACUGAUUGUCUGAUUGUGUGAUUGAAUCCAAUUCCCAAUUGCAUUGAUCUGUGGUUUGUAUUGAAUGGCAGACGAACUGGUUUUGGGCGCCGAAGACGGCAUCGACAAGGAGUUCGAGGACGAGGAGUACGAUGAGGGGGACGAAAGUGUGGUCAAAAUGAAGGAGAAGGCCACCAGACGUAAAGGCCGUGGAUUUGGACCCGAGGGAACGGCGCGCGAAGACAUCCGAGAAUAUGAAGCCAUGGAUGUGGGCGACGGACACAACGACUCUCCCGGUCCUCAGAAAUCUGUCGAGGGAUGGAUUCUGUUCAUCACUGGUGUGCACGAAGAGGCUCAGGAGGAAGACAUAUACGACAAGUUUGCAGAGUUCGGCGAAAUCAAGAAUUUGCACUUAAAUCUGGACCGAAGAACCGGAUUCUUGAAGGUC